GACGCGCCGGUCGCCCCGACACCCGGCCCACGUCACCCACAAACUUCGCUCGCGACGUCGCAACCCUGACCGCCGCAACCGAUCCGCUCCUGAAGCCCGCCACGCGCUCCUAACCCAAACACAUAAACUUUAUCACCGACGAGGACCAUUAUGACGCUCGAGUGACGUUUAAUAGGCGAUAAAAUUAAUAGUAAUUCGUGUUAUCACGGCGCGCGGGGCCGCGAUGACAUAAGUGGUCCAACCGAGUGACGUUCGUGCCGGUGACCGUUCAACAUGAACUCCUACUUCGAGCAGGGCGGCUUCUACGGCGCGCACGGCGUGCACCAGAGCGGCGGCGGUGGCGACCAGUACCGCGGUUUCCCGCUGGGCCUGACGUACGCGCAGCCACAUGCGCUGCAUCAGCCGCGCCCGCAGGACUCGCCUUACGAUGCCUCAGUCGCGGCCGCCUGCAAGUUGUACGCGGGCGAGCAGCAGUAUGCCAAGGCGGAUUGCUCAAAGGCGGCUGGCGAGCAGCAGAACGGGUACGGCGGCAAGGAAUGGGGCUCAGGGCUAGGCGCGCUCGUGCGACCCGCCGCCUGCACGCCCGAGGCGCGAUACAGCGAGUCCUCGAGUCCUGGCCGCGCGCUGCCCUGGGGCAACCAGUGCGCGCUACCGGGCGCCGCGGCCGGAGCACAGCCAGUGCAGCACCAACCCACCAACCACACCUUCUACCCUUGGAUGGCUAUAGCAGGAGCAAACGGACUACGGAGACGAGGAAGACAAACCUAUACCAGAUAUCAGACGCUAGAAUUAGAGAAAGAGUUCCACACGAACCACUACCUCACGCGGAGGAGACGUAUAGAGAUGGCGCACGCGCUCUGCCUCACGGAGAGACAGAUAAAAAUCUGGUUUCAGAAUCGAAGAAUGAAGUUAAAGAAAGAGAUACAGGCGAUAAAGGAAUUGAACGAGCAGGAGAAACAGGCGCAGGCGCAGAAGGCAGCGGCAGCUGCGGCGGCGGCGGCGGCCGCGCAAGGCCAUCCCGACCACUAGGAGACAGAGAUAUCGACAUCUCGAUACGGACACUGUAGCUUUGUGUUUGUAAAUUGUUUGUAAUUAUUUCACGUUAUCUAAGUGUUGUUCGGUUGUUGUGAUUAUUUUUAAAAAGAAUCAGUUCAACGAAUCGGACUCGACGUUCACGCCAAACAAACUUGAACGUUAGAAUACAAACGGGUCGUUUUUUGUGUUUCGGGUUUUGUUUGAUUAUUAUUUCUUUGAUUCUGUAGUUUUUCUUUGUUGAUUUAUUGAUUCUUUAAAAAUGUUUUAAUUCGCGCUAUCGUAGAUGUUCGCGAUCGGAAAUCAGUGCAAUUUGUAGAAAUCUCUUCCGUGUAUAGAGUAGGUGUAUCGUAGUGCGCGUUAUGUUCCGUUCGCUCGCGGCCCGGCGCGGCGCUGUCCGCGAGACGAACUGUUGCAUUGUACAAAUUUAAUAUGCCUACCAAAGAGACCCGGUCUCCUAACCUUAAUUAAAGUUAAGUAAGAAAGAGUCUAAGUUUACCGGCCUCAUGCGAAACGUUAAUCCUCCGCGCCAUCUUAUCAUUCAAUACUCUCGCAUAAGUUUAGUGUAAACGUGAUCGUGUUCCUGCAAUUUUAAUAGUCGGUGAAGUUAAACAAAUUGCCAUAAUUAUAAGUAGGUAUUAUUUUAGACAUUAGCGGUGUAAAUAGUUAGGGUAUGGAAGUGAGCGGUUCGCGAUUGCGCCGGCGCCGUGGAAUGGGCAGAAAAAGGCACAGGAAAGCGCGGGAGCGGCGGGGCAGAGGACUGGAGGGGCGCGCGCCGCCGGCCACCGAACAAGACUAGGUGGUCGUCGUGUAUAAUGCUGUAAACGUAUCGGUAGGUGAUAGGAAUAUGUUGGAAUCAGCGCGCUCAUCGACAACUUAAAAGACCUUAUCCGUUUUAAAAGCGAUAAGCGAUAGAUGGAUCCUUCGUCGUAUUACUGGCCAGAAUAAGCGUCGCAAUCCACAGCGCGGAAUCAAGAUAUCAAUGUGGAAUACAUUUUUACGCCCACACUAACGCUUAGGCGAUCGACUACCGUUGAUUUAUUGUCAAAAUUUCCCGUUAGCAACGCUCGCUGAGCACACUCUGAACAUCACUAUUUCAAAAUAAAAGAACCCGUCGCGAUAUCAUCGUCGACCAUAAAUUAUAUAAUGCUUGCAUGAAAAAUACGUGUCUCCGUGCUCGGUUAUUUAUUACUCGAAAUAUAUGUAUAAGUUAUGUUAAAUUCGAAGCACAUUUAUGUUGUGUAUUAAUUAGCAGCGGAAAUGAAGCAACGAGUUAAGAAAAGCGUUUAAUUAUCGAAGUGGAGUAAAAGUAUUUUAGCAACAGUGCAAAAGUGUCCGGUAUCGGCGCAGUGGAUCUGCUAUCGGCGCUAUCGCUCCGGUGGCUGUGCCACACUAGGAAUAGGUCGAGUUCCCGCGUUGUUCCGAGCCGUGAUAUAUUGUUCCGCAUCUCCCAGUAUAAAUCUUGAACGCCUGCUGAGGUACACGGGACACGGCCGCCGCGCCGCAGCUCCGAGCUUCAAAUGGAAUUGUGUUUUUAUUUAUCGUGCGAAUCGUAACCCACUAUCGCUCACUCGAAAUCGCACUUUAUCUGCCGAAACGCGGACUCGGAUCAAUGUUCACUUUAACCCACAACUGGUUGUGAGCUCUACGCGCUGUCUCUAUACUCUUAUCGAUGUGCCACUAUUUUGAUAUUCAACG